GUUGUCAUCAACUGCUUUCUACUCUCUUGACCUGCUCUUCACGUUCAUGCCGAGUGCAUGUCGACCUGAAUCUCACAGAUAGAUUUCAGGAUCCUUCUACACCUCCCUUAACAAUUUGUGAUGACGCACGAGCGUCUGUAGCAUCAUCGACAGGCGGGAGCUUCUGAAUCAACGACUUGGAGCCCACAUCCCUCUUCAUCUCAGGAAACGUAGCCCGGAUAAAUCGGGAACAUGCACUGUGUCCGUGAUCUGUCUACCGGGUCCACGGUCAUGCGCACCUCAGCUGCAAGAAGUGCACCAUUCUCUGUACUCAAUGGACCACAUCAGCUGCGAGUUUCAGGGGCCUGGGCACCUCGCGCGCAGGCCUCACGACUGCCUCGACCUCUCUAAGGAGUGUGUUCUAUUGACGGGACGCGACCGUUCGAUUUAGGUCUUCAUAUCGUGGAUAGACUUGGAAUAUAUCCAUGUCAAUGAGACAACCCAAUGCCCCGACAGGCAGGUCCCCUCUCCUUUACACGUGGCCUGACCCAUGAUAAACUUUGUCUCAGGCUGAUUAUCACCACCAUCGGCGCAUUCAUUCGACUCUGGAAGACUCGGGCAUGAUGCUUCCGCCUUUUCGUUUCAAAACGCCCCAUCGGACGUGCGCUCCUGCAGCCAAGGCCUGUGCGCACAAGCCUGUACCCCUCCAGAAGACUGUCUUUUCACGAGCUUCACAGUCGGGUUCAUCAAUCACCGCUUGAUUGGACGAGGCGUGCAUGACUGGCUGGAAAUCAGUGAGCUGUGAAUAGACUGAGCGCAAACAGGCUUCUGCGGGGGGGGUGGAAAGCUAAAGUCCAGAGAACAAUGCGACACGGAUUCGGAUGGCAGCUGAAGCUUUCUAGACAUAUGCUUUGAGGUUGGCUCUGGACGCUGGUUGAUAAAGUGGGCAUGACUAGCGAAGCGUCGCCGAGAGGGCAUACUAUGUUGUGUUGGACCAGUUUGAACGAAUGCGGAUCGAUACAAACGCGAGUCGGAUGGGAACGUGUGUAUCGGGUGGGAAUGAGGGUCCUCUCUUCUCGCCUCGAUGCGGGAUGAUUCAAGAACGAGGGUGGCCGCGAAGGACUGCGUGCUGUGAUCAAUAGACCGCUCCGGCAGCAGCAAUCUGGCUCAACAGUCUCUUGACCAUUCAUCCUGUCAAGGACUGACCCCCGAUAUCCCUGUGACUGGAAAGAAGCAUGGAACAAGCGCCCGGCUUGGGAGUACUUGACCCAGAUCGCCACUCUCAGCGCUGAUCAGCCAUCGGUCGCUCCCCGUCCUUCUCAUGCUCCUACCCCAUGUGAACAACACCGUUUCUCUUGCGCGCACAGGUGAAGCAUUGGACAAUGCGAACGGACCGCUCUCUCGCACUCUCUUCGCUAUCAUUUGGGGCUGUCUAUCGACUAUCUUUGCCUCUGUCUGGGUCUCGGUGCACCCCAAUGUACCUGCGCCAAGCACAAAGGUGUUCUGGACCGCGACAAGAAGAGUCAGGUUCAUGCUAGUUGCUCUGGCAGCACCCGAGGCUGUGGUCGCCUUUGCUCUCCGGCAGUUCAUCUAUGCUCGGAAAUUGUAUCAAGCUCAUCGAACUUCCCCGGACUCCCUCUCGAUGACUCAUGCCUUCUUUCUCUCGAUGGGCGGAUUCAUCGACGCAGACGGCAAGGUCAUCGCUACCGAGGGUCAGCUCAACAAUCCCGGUGUCCUCGCGGCUGUCGCAGCUGUGAAGCAAGCGGAGAUUCAGGACAAGAGCAAGGGUGAUGGGUUCACGAAGGGUGUCGCACUGCUUCAAGGAUUGUGGUUCCUGCUUCAGAUGAUCGGCCGGGUUGUCCAGAGACUGCCGGUCACGCAGCUCGAGGUGUCCACGGUGGGGUUUGCUGCGCUCACCCCGGUUGUUUGGCUUCUCUGGUGGCGCAAGCCUCUUGAUGUGCAAGAACCGAUCGUUCUCGCAGUCCAUCUGGCUACGCCUAGUACCACAGCGCGUAGUGACACCCCAUCGAAGGAGGACGCGCAAAAUGACCUUGCAGCCCUGCCGGAGACGCCUGCUACCCCAGCAUCGAUUAACACUCCGUUGCAAGAGGAUGCGAAUGAGACCGACACCUGGCACGACAGGCUCUGGAAUAGAUUCGGGGGUCUCGUACUAGGGAACUACGACGAUCCGACGGGACGGUCCGUCCCCACGUUCUGGUCUCACAGCGAGGCCGAGUCGGAUUCCGAAGUCACCUGGCGCUCAUUUUCUGUGGCUCAGCGCAGUCUUCUCAGCCAAGCCGUGUUCGGUCUCAUUUUCGGCGGCUUCCACUGCGCGGCAUGGAACGUCGACUUCCCCUCUGUGACUGAAAAAUGGCUAUGGAGGAGCUGUGCCAUCUUGGUCACGUUUGCGCCUACCAUAUUCAUGGGCUCAUUGAAUACAAUUUCAAUCCCGAAAGAAAGUGAUGGUUUGGCAUUCGACCUUCUUGUGUUCCUGCCUCUUGCCCUCGUGAUCUUUACAUUGCCCAUUUUGUAUGUCUUGGCUCGGCUGGCUCUGCUCGUCCUGAUGUUUACCUCUCUUCGAGACAUACCAAUCGGGGCCUUCUCGUCUGUAGAUUGGACUGGAUUCAUUCCUCACUUUUUGUAAUAAGCACUACUGUUCUUACGAAAGAUAUUGAUUUUUCAUCGUGCAAGACUACAUUGCCUCACACGAUCCAUCCGUUU